AUGUCUUCUCGUAACGGUGGCCUUUUCCGCCCCUUCCUCUCGUUAUGUAUUACGCUUCUUCUUCUACUGCUUCCUAGCGAAGCCUAUCAAGAUCUCUCUGACGCCUCGCUAAAAUCACUCCCUCGGCCGGACAAUGAUUUCGAUAUACACAACGGCGCGUUGCUGUCGCCGAUUCUAAUUCCCCGUGUGUCGGGGACCGCGGGCUCAACUGCGGUGCUCAAUCAUUUUGUGAACUUUAUACGCACGACCCUCCCAGACUGGAAUAUCCAGUUCCAGAACUCCACUUCUACCACACCUGUGUCGAAUGGGAAGGAAGUCCCGUUCAUUAAUCUCAUUGCGUCGCGCGAUCCCCCAUGGGCUGCGCCAGGCGAUGUCAGCCGCUUGACCAUUGUCGCGCAUUACGAUAGUAAAUAUACACCAGAGGGAUUCAUCGGCGCGACGGACAGCGCUGCUCCUUGCGCCAUCAUGAUGCACGCGAUGCGGAGCAUCGACAGCGCCUUGACAGAGAAAUGGAAGGCGAUGAAAGCAGAAGGCCAUGCGCAUGCCCUGGAGGAACAGAGAGGAAUCCAGUUCCUGUUUCUGGACGGCGAAGAGGCGUUUGCCCAAUGGACCGACACCGACUCUCUCUACGGCGCUCGGUCCCUGGCAGAACAGUGGGACGCAGAAAUGCAUCCUGUCAUGUCCACUUUCAAGACCCCUCUAUCUUCCAUAUCCCUGUUUGUUCUUUUGGAUCUGCUUGGGGCCAAGGAUCCUGGCAUUCAGUCUUAUUUCCCAACAACACACUGGGCCUACCUGAAGCUGGCCAAUCUGGAGAAGCGUCUUCGGGACCUAAAACAGUUCAAGUCUUCUAAUGAAGCAACAGGGACGCCCUGGUUUCUCGACGUGGCCAAAACCGAGGAUAAGAUACCGAUGGGCUUUGCAAUUGAAGAUGAUCAUAUCCCGUUCCUAAGGCGCGGGGUUGAGAUUCUGCAUGUCAUAGACGCUUCGCCUUCUCGCGGCUUUCCCGUCGUCUGGCAUAACAUGAAGGGCAUCCCGGACGAUGGGGAACAUCUUGACCUGGACACGGUGGAAGACUGGGGUACGCUGAUAACCGCGUUUGCCGCUGAGUGGAUGGAGCUCGAGGGCUUCAUGCCGAGCGCCACCAACAAGGAUCCCUCGAUGCAGGACACAGGGACUAAGCGCUCAAUGCAUGGUUCUAAGCAGCCCAACAAAAAAACUGAGUUGUAA